AUGCCGUCCAUCCACGACCGUAUUCGCGAGGAACUCCUCAACAAGGAGCGCGCCCUCUGGACUGCACUCACUUCUGCAGAUCCAGCACCAGCAGUCUUCAAGCUCAGCAACCCAGAAGCAAACUUCAUGUUCCCUCAAAUGGAGAUCCUCACGCUUCAGGAUGAGGAGACCUUUAAGAAAGCACUUCGCCCACCCUUCCACCGAUUCGACGGGUACCAGUUUGAAGAAGUACGAACAAUCAUCGUCGAUUUGAUGGCUGGUGUCGUGACAUACAAAAUUCGCGCCGUGAGGGGGAAUAAGGAAUACACAGCUACGGGGUCGACAACUUGGAGUCAGGGAUCGGAUGGCGAGUGGACGAUUGCUUCCCACUCCGAAACAUUGCUGUAA